AUGAAUACGAGGAACACCACGAGGCGAACCCAGGGCGCGGGACCCGAUUUGACCCCCAACGACGAGUCGAGCGACGACGGGAGGCUGCCGCCGCUGCCUCCAGGCGGGUCAGACCUUAGCGCGUCAGAAGCCCAUACGGAGAUUGCCUCAAGUUCGAGCACAGGCCACAACUCAACCUCAAGCGAGUCAAGCCUGGUAGCGCAGGCAAGAGUGCCCAUCCCGGAUCAAUGGAUCCGCAGCAUUGUCCAGGCCCAUUGGGGCAGGUGGGCGUACAAUACGAAGGACGACCCGAACUGCGAUCAGAUCAAUGCGGCCCUGGUCUUCCUGGUCCAGAUAUACCAACAGGAAGGGUUCGCCGCGCGGCCCCUGUUCUACCGCGCAGUCGCGAAUAUAGGCCGCUGGCCCGACGAUUGGUUCAGGCUCGCCAACGAGCAUAUCGCCAAGGCAUUCAUCAGAUUUCUGCACGGCAAUGGAGUAUUGCCGGACCAGACGCCGGCACGGCACCCCUACGAGACCCUUGCGGCAACGGUGAGGGCAACGGAUUUCACGGUUUGGUCCCAAGAGCAAGUUAACCGGGCCGUCAACCGGUCCGACCAGUUCGCCGAACGGAUCAAGGAGCCCGGAUUCCUGCUCGAGAUUACGAACGGAGCUCUCUCGUCUUCGAGAUCCACGCCGGGUAAAGGGAUAUCACCGCACGCGAGGUCAUCACCAGAUCUACGGGCCUCUCUCGUGGGCAGCGGAACGCCAGCAAGAACGAGGCUGCUGAGCCUCGUUCGCCAGGAUCUGGGCGUCGAAGUGCGAUCGACAGGCCACGGCCAACGCCAUCUCCGUUCCCCUCUCCAAUACGCGCGGGACCGGCCAGACCUGGAAGCGGCCAGCGUACGGCAACUAACGGAUCGCAAUAACAUCGUCCCCAGAGAGAAGAACGACUCGGGGGGCAGGUACGCGGUCUUGCAAGAGACCGUAGUCAUGUCCUACGACUACUGCGAGGAAGCGGGGAUCCAAGAUCACCAGUGUCACUCGGCCGUCACCAUCGCUCUCACCGGACGAGCGAAGGAAUAUCACUACCAAGUCCCGCUUUAA